AUGCCUGAGGCAGACGAUAGCCACGUCCGACUAGAAUCUAAGCCGACGCAAGAGAAUGCCGUUGCACAUCCAGCGAAAGAUGUCGAGCCUAGAAUGGAGAGAACGGCUACUCAAAGGUCUAACGACCCUCCGGGUCUCCACGGCAUCCGGUUAUUCUUUCUAUUAUCCUGCCUGUUCCUUGGUAACUUCACCAUUGGAUUUGACAGCAGUUGCAUUGGCACCCUCCUGGUGAUUCUCACCGACUAUUUUGACGCUCUUCAAGAUAUUGGGUGCUUGUUAACUCUGUGCGCGCCUAUCUUGGUUAUGGGCCGCCUGUACACUUUCUACUCCAUGAAGUUGCUCUAUGUGAUCUCCUUCGCCAUUUUUGUCGCUGGCUCUAUCCUCACGGCGGCCUCUCCAACAUCUACCGCUUUUAUUCUUGGCCGCGCAUCUGCCAUCCCCACAGAAACUCCCAAGGCUGACUCGUAUCGCAGCAUUCUUGCACACACCGUUCCGCUCAAGCUUCAACCCAUGAUUUUUGGCAUUUGUGGCGCCGUAGAAUGCGCAGCGCUCGCCUUUGGCCCAUUGAUCAGCGGAUCCAUCGCUCAUGCCGACAGUUGGAGGGUCAAUUUCUGGGCGAUCGUGGGUCUGGGGAGCGCUGUUGCGUUAGGCGUUUCCGUCAGUGUAGGCCAUCUGCGCCAAAAUGCGAACGACGAUCAACUCAGCGUCGGUCAAAGGCUGAAGCGGCUGGACUGGUAUGGACUGGCUACAGAGCUUCCCAUGACGAUCUGUUUGAUCCUGGGUCUGCAAUGGGCCGGCACGACGUACGCGUGGUCGAACUGGAGAAUUAUCCUCCUGCUCACCAUGACCGGUGUGCUUGCCCUCCUUUUUUUGGUGGUGGAGCAUACUGGUGGGAGUAACAGCAUGAUCUCCUUGCCAAUCCUGCGACGGCGGAAUGUCGCCUUCAGCUGUGUGGUUGGCUUUUGCAAUUUCGCCGCUUUGUGGAUCUUCACCAACUACCUCCCCGUCUAUUUUCAGGUAGUCCGUGGAGCAGAUACCCUUCAUUCGGCUUUGAUGUAUCUACCAACCACACUCAGUAUGUCCAUCUUCGCGCUGGCCAGUGGAACAUUCACAUCCAGGAUUGGUUAUUUUAACCCCGCAUUACUUCUUGGAAGUACGCUGAGUGUGGUUGGAGCCGCCUUGCUGGGCACAUUUGAAACCAAUACGCCUCCAGCACGGUGGAUAGCUUACCAGAUCAUCUACGGCAUCGGUGUUGGAAUGGCAUUCCAGCCUCCUUUUCUUGCCCUGCAAACAGUACUUGAGAAGCCACUCGUCCCUGGAGCCUUGGUGUUGCUGAACUUUGUGCAGAUGCUUGGUGGCAUCAUCUUCCUAUCGAUCUCGCAGAAUGUGUUCCUGGACGAGCUGACAAACAGUCUUACACACAACAUUCCGAAUUUCAACCCAGCCAUUGCCAAGCAAAAAUGGAGCGACCGGGCUGAAGGGCAUGGUGCCCGCGGAGUAUCAGCCGCAGCUUAUAAUGGCGUAUAA